CUGGCCGCGAUGCGCGCCAUCGGAAUCAUCCCUGCGCGCCUUCGCUCGACGCGCUUCCAUGCCAAGCCGCUCGCGCUUCUCUGCGGGACGCCGAUGAUUAAGCACACGUUCGAGGCCGCGUCGCGCGCUACGAAGCUCGACGCAGUCUACGUCGCGACCGACGCCAUCGAGAUCGCAUCGCUGUUGCCGUCGGCGUCGAUCCUCACGGACGCCGCGUGUGCCAACGGGACAGAGCGCGUACUGCAAGCUCUCGCUCGCCUCCCGCAACCGGCUUCGCUCUACGAUAUUGUUGUCAAUAUCCAAGGCGACGAGCCAGGAAUUGACCCGGCGCACAUCGACCUCUGCGUCGCAGCGCUGGAGGACGAUCCGAGCUGCGUCAUGAGCACACUCAUGGCGCCGGUGCGCUCGGAGGCCGAAGCGCGCAGCUUUAACGUCGUCAAGGUCGUUGCCAACCACCAGUCGCAUGCCAUGUACUUUUCGCGCGCUCUGAUUCCCGCGUCUAAAGACAAUGCGUUCGACCCCGCGCGGACCAUGAAGCACAUCGGACUUUACGCGUUUCGGACGUCGUUUUUGGUCGACGUCUUCCCAACGCUGACGCGCAACGAGCUGGGCGACGUCGAAGACCUGGAGCAACUGCGCGUUCUCGAGGCCGGUCACAAAAUCAAGAUGGUGACCGUGCAAAGCGCGCAUCCUGGUGUCGACGUGCCCGACGACCUAUUGACCCUCGAGGCGAUCUUGUCGACAGCGACGUAGCACUCGAGAGUAGCGAUGAGUUGCUUCCGAGCGACAACCUUGUAGAACGCAUAGGUGUAAGUACACAGUUCGUCCACACCAAGCACGUUCUUGCUGAAGCGGGUCGUCAAUUUUAGAAGAUGCUUUGCUUUUUGAUGCCA